ACAGACACACAGACUCCUGUCAAAAUGUCCAAGGAGCUUCUCCUCCUCUGGCUGGUGACAGAGCUCUGGUGGCUUUAUCUGACACCAGCUGCCUCCGAGGAUACAGUAACAGGGUUUUUGGGCCAGUCGGUGACUUUGCCUUGUCAGCAUUCAUCCUGGUCCCGGAACCGCAACAGCAUGUGCUGGGGCAGAGGUGCAUGUCCCAAUUCCAAGUGCAACCAGGAGCUUCUCCACACAGAUGGAACAAAAGUCGUCUCCAGGAAGUCAUUCAAAUACACACUUCAGGGGAGUAUCUGGUGGGGUGAUGUGUCCUUGACCAUCUCCAACACCAAUCAAGAGGACAGUGGGGUGUACUGCUGCCGUAUAGAGGUGCCUGGCUGGUUCAAUGAUGUCAAGAAGACUGUGCGCCUGGAGCUGAGGAGAGCCCCAACAACCCCCAAACCAACAACCACCACAAGACCAACAACCACCACAAGACCAACAACCACCACUUGGCCAACCACCACUCCUUACUUGACUACCACAGAAGAGCUUCCAACAACAGUCAUGACCACUCCUGACCUCACAACUGCAACAGCACCCCAGCCACUGGCCACCAUUGUUCUCACUACAGCAGUAACCACAUGCCCCUCAACAACACCCAGCUCCUCACAGGAAACCACAAGUGUUUCAACCACUGAGAUCUUCACCAAGGGGUCUGCCAUCACUGCAGAAUCAGAAACUCUUUCUUCAUCCAAGCACUCUCAAAGAAGCAUGGUGACCACGCCUGCAGACACAGCCUUACUCAUACCCACAGGGUCCCAAGCUUGGGUUCUUUCACAGCGGAUGACUCAGAAAACGGAUGUAGACAUUGCAGGAUUCUCUAGUCCUUUGUACUUCAUAGCAGAAAUGUGUGACAUGGUCCCUAGUUAUCCCUUCUGUUCAUGGAUUCCUCAAUCCCUUUUCGUAGAGCUCCUCACGGCCUUCUGCCAUAUAAGCUCUCUCCUUUUCCUGACUCCUCAACAACUCUUUUCCCUCGUCUCUUUGAUCCCAGCUGGAGUGAGCAUUAACCACAGGGAACCUCAGCGGAGAAAUAUUGUAUCCAACCAGAGCAACAGAGAGACCAACAUCUUGAUCAUUGCUUGCUGCGUGGGUUUUGUGCUGAUGGUGUCAAUAUUUCUGGCAUUUCUCCUUCGAGGGAGAGUAACAGCAGCCAAUUGUUUGCGGAGACACAAGAGACCGGACAACAUUGAAGAUCGUAAAAGUGUCCUCAAUGACAUGUCACAUGCCCAGGAUGAUGAAGACGGAAUCUUUACUCUCUAACUUGUCACCUUUUCGUAGAAUUAAGCAUGGGGGAUGAAGUUUGAAUUGUGUAAUUAUAAUUUUGGGGACAUUGCAAUUUUCUUUUAAGGUCUCACCUUUCUUUCACUGA